AAUUUAUGGAUGAAACGACAAACAUACGAACUAUUUCUGACGCGGAGGUUUUUCCGGCGACAUGUUUGUCAUGAAGUACGAGAGAAAAAUAUCGUCAAUUGUCAGACGGAUUUUUUGUAUUUUGAUUUUAGUGAAAUUUGAUGUUUGAAAACAUGGAAAACUAUUUAUUAUCGGAAAAGAUUUUAUAGUGAAUAUCAUAAGAUGGGAAAUUCAUCAGAAAAAUGCCUGAACAGGGCAUUAAAUACCAGUUUAAUUGUCAUAUUUGUUCUUCAAUUGGUUGGUGCCAUAGAGAGACAGGUGUUUGAUUUUUUGGGCUAUAUGUGGGCUCCAAUAAUUGGUAAUUUCUUCACGAUAGCCUGUACUGUCAUUGGUUUAUUCGGAGCGUGUCAAUAUAGACCUAAAUUUAUUAUUGUGUUUACGGUGUGGAGUUUAUUAUGGUUGGGAUGGAACAUGUUCGUAAUUUGUUUAUAUCUAGAAGUUGGUGUCCUCAGUCGGACGAGGAAUCUGUAUAUAUUAAAUAUUGGUACUAAGAACAAGAGUUGGUGGUUAGAGCACGGUGUCGGAUGUCGUAUAACCAAUACAACAUGGUUACAAGAGGCGCCACCACCAGUAGAUGCCAGUCGACCAAUACCACCAGAAGAAUUUGUGGAAGGAUGUAUGGUACAAUAUUACUAUGUUGAGGUGAUACAUGCAGGUGUACAGUGUUUAUUGUCAAUUAUAGGAUUUAUAUUCUCAGUGGUAGCCAUUUAUAAUUUAUCUGAGGAGGACGACACGACGAGUCCAGCCAAUGAUGAACUAGAAUUUGUUAAAAUACGAUAUCGAUCACCAGCCCACCACGCCUACAGAAACAACAUCGCGUUUGAGGAUAUCAAUCAAAAUGAUUUCUCAUCUCUCGAACGACCCCCCAGCUACGAUACAACCAUGAGAGAUACACAGAUAGAAACGGCUGCAGCCAAUCACUACUACGCGUCUGACAGACAGAGUUUACGCAGUAAGGCUAGUACACGAUCUAAACGUUCUACACGUAACACGGGGCAACAGAAAUACGAAGAAAAACGCGAGGAAUUACCCUGGGUUCAGAUAACACCGUCUCAAAACACCGAACAAAUCAGACAUUUCAGAUAAGUCCUUAUAAUAUAACAUAUUCAUACGCUCGUGAUUUGCUUGGGGACUAUUUUGUGUCAAUAUUUGAUACUCCCAAAUACUGCGUGAAGUUUAAAAACGCUUCAAUCAUAUGACAUUUAUUUAUUAUCUCGUUGUUGUGUCCCAACAUUUUAACUUUCGGAGCAAACGUACGUUACCGAUAUCAAUAUUUAACAGAAAAUACGAAUAUUAAAGAUAGAAACUAGACCGUGGUUGUGCCUGAUUGAACGACACAAAGCAGAAUCUCGGUCGAAACUAGGAUAUGGUUGUUAGCUGAUUGAACCUGAAUUUCAGCUGAAGUUUGAGUUUCAACAUAAGAAAUUGUUUUUUAUGUUUGUGAUCUAGGGACAGAUGUUCGAACUAUGCCAGUCGUUUCUUCCCUGACUGCGAUAUAAUUAUUAUCAGUUGUGUUGUGUGAAGAAAAUCAACAUCAGGGGCGUUUACAACCCGUGAAAAUUGGACCAAUUUGGACUUAAUGUUGUCAAGAUCUGUACACCUGUCACUAUUGUACCCGCAGGAGUAGGGUCAUCUGUUCAACCUCACAGCUAAAGACCCCUUCACGCAAGCAAAUUAUUAAAGUAAAAUUAAAACGUAUGUUAGUCCCAAAAAGACCUAGUUUGUGUCAAGUGGACGUUAUAUCGCAUUUCUCUCUCCCUCUCAUGAAACGGGAAAAAAACCGGAAAGUUUAAUCUCGUAAAUAAUGAUUCACAAUGUUUAAAACGUUAUUUCCCAUUUUGUGAAAUGGAAAAUCAUGAGGGCCCUGAUUCAUGAAAUUUUAACUUAAGAUAAAAUCCAAAUUUUAGUAGAUACGUCAAUUUUGAUUGGCUAAGUACUAAAAUCAAUCUAAUAUGUCCAAUCAAAUUACAAAAAUUUGGAUUUUAUCUCAGUUAAGUUUUCGUGAAUAAGGGCCCUGAGGGACUAGUUACAAAUGUCUGGGUACUGAAUGUGUUAAAAUACUAUUGUCUUGUAAUAUCAACUGAAAUAUUUUAACAAUACACGCCCUUACAUUGGAUAAGAGCUGAAAUUUGGAUCAGCAUUUUAAAUCUUAGACAAUGAAUAUUUAAAGUAUGUGACACUAGUUACAGGUGUAUGGGCACGAAACUUAAACUGAAAUAAAUGUAGUUUAAGAAUCUAUGCCUUACAUUGUAUCAGAAUUUGAAUUUGAAUUCUUAGACAAUGAAUAAUUAAAAUAUUUUAGUUGAAGUUUUUGUGAAUACGGUCUGAGAAUAUUUAAUUUCCAAUAAAACCAUUCCUUUAUACUUUAUCACUAAGACUGUCUGAAAUUUGGCCCCCUACAAACUUUAUCACUUAAACUGUCUGAAGCAUGAACCCUUAUCAAACGCUGCUAAACCUGGUCUCAACAAACUGCCUGUGUCACUUGAAUAACUUUGGAGUAUUAAUAAAGGACAGUAUACUGAUUCUGUGACACAGGAUGUUUAAAGUGAUCCUAGGUCAGAUCUAAACAUUAAGGCCAUCUGCAGAUUUUGUCACAGUCACAAAAACAGGGCUGACACUAACCCUAACCAACAAUCACGUGUCUAGCCCUGUUUACAUCUCGUGACCUUGGCGUUAUCUGCAGGUGACCUUAAUAUUUAGAUCUGACCAUGAUCCUACGAGCAGUGGUUUUUGGAAGUUCCGAUGGAACCUGGUGUUGUCAAUAUUUACCGGUACUUUAAUGAGUGAACUUUAAAUGUAAGCAGCAUAUAUUGUGCUGUUAGUUAUCAUGGGGUAUCAGUUUAAUAAUGAUGUAAUUAAUUGGUCAUUAAAUCUCUUAAAAUCAUCUUCAGAGAUACAAUGUAUCAUUAUACACCUGUUUAAUGAUGAAAGAGGUAAAUCUGCCUAUUGCAGAUCUGUUGUUAAAGAUACAUUCCCAGAAAAGUAUUUAUCGGAUGGUUAUUUCCAAUAAAAGUAUGGCAAUUUUGGUAUAUAUGGAAAGUAGAAAUAUCCAAUCUUACUAGAAAAAUACUGGAUUCCCUGAAAAACACUCAUGGAGCGUAUACAGGACAAAAAUGUAAGGGUUCCCAUAAUCCACAGCCUGACGAUUAGGAAUUUCUGCACGCGUGAUGUCAAAGGUUACACUCAAAAAUUGAGCGCUUGAUGUACAAGUUGAUAAACUUUAUGAAGAGUUAGACGUACAACGCUUUCUGAGAUAAAAAUGACGGAAAAGACAUGGGUAGUGGAUAAUCCUAGUCAAAACGUCGAUCAGUAAUAAGCAGUAAUUGUACUCCAUUGAAUUAUCACUUCUAUAAUUAUUGUUUCAAACCAGGAAAUAGAUUUAUAAAGUUUAAUAAGUAUACUAUAUACCAUAGAAUUGUCACUUGUAUAAUUAAAUUAUUGUUUCAAACCAAGAAAUAGAUUUAUAUAUCACUUCUAUAAUUAAAUUAUUGUUUUAAAUGAGGAAAUUGAUUUAUAAAGUUUAAUAAGUAUAUAACAUACCAUAGAAUUAUCACUUCUAUAAUUAUUGUUUCAAAUGAGGAAAUUGGGUUAUCUAGUUUAAUAAAAAUGUUUUUUGGCUUUCACAAUGUUGAUAAAGGAACACAAAAGUUAAUAAUACCUCGACAAUAGUUUUUUGUUUGAUCUAUUGUCAUCUUAUAAAGAAAUAUUUACACCCCAGAUGAAAGAUAUGCAACAUUUUAUUCAUUAUAUCACUGUAUAUUUCAUGAUGUUCAAAUAAUUUGUAUUAAUUUAUUUUAUUAAUGGCUUGAUGGGGAAGGUGACAAAUUUCAUUUUGUUGUUUUUUAAAAUUAAAUGCUGCACCUGAUUAUUUUGUAUAGGUUAUAUUGAUAAUCAACACUUUAUUCACCAUUUAAAUUGGACUGGACUCAACUUUCUUGUCAAAGUAAUUUGAAUUCAAUUUUUAUUACCUAUGUUUGAACCGCACGUUACUGGAUCUUGACCGAUCUGUAGAAUAUCUGUCAGUGUUUAUACCCACAAUUCUAACCCUAACCCUUCAGAAUAGUUUUAGCCACAAUCCACCGUUUGUACGUUUGACAUGUAAUUUAUAAACCUAACCUGGAACCCUAAUACAGGAGAAAGAUAGUCUCCAGAUGAUACAAAGAUCUGGUAUUAUUCGUUGGGAGAUGCUAAUUGUAGGCCGGUUGGGGAGGUUCGGGUGUUUCCGGAAUCCAAAAUGGCCGCUUUAUAUAAAUGAAAAUUUUGGAGAAUACUAACCCCUAAUCCUAACCCUAACCCUUUUUAGAAGACUGAACUUGGAUCUAAUUUAACGUUUACCCCUCUUAAAAGGGUUAGGGUUAGUAUUCCCCAAAAUACUCAUUUAUAAAAAUCGGCCAUUUUGGGCUCUGGAAAUUCCCGAACCUCCCCAACCGCCCUACAAUUAGCAUCUCCCUGAUUUGAACCAGUGAUGGGAUUUCAAAAUUUUAGUUGUCGGACAUUUUCUUCCCUAAAAUAAAGGGACAUAACUCUUAUCGUUAUUUAAGCAGGCGUUUUCAAACUUUGAACAAUUAAAGCAAGGACAUUUAGCUUGUUAUCUAAAUCUUACAUCUUUAACUGGCAUGUUGUUUAAAUGUGUCUUGUAGGAUGAUGUAGAUAUCUUGUUUUACAUGUGUGUGUCGAGAUCAUCAGGUUUUAUUUAAUCUAUUGCUUUGGUUGUUAAUUUCAUGUCACGAUUAUCCAGUAUAUUAUCACUAUGUUUAUGUAAAUAUAUAUUUAUGUCACGAUUGUCCAGUGUAAAUAUUCUGUGUAUAUAAACUAAUUAAUAAGUUG